CAAGUUUCAAUUGAUCCUUUUAUGAAAUACAUAUUUCGCUAUAAAAGCAUUGAGGUUCUUUGUUGCCGGAAGAGCCCCCCAGGAUGGCGAUUACAAGAUCAAGCCGCAACGCCAGAAAUGCUACUGCUAUCGUUACCGCUGUGGCAGGAUCAAGUCGGGCGAACGGGCUGACAGAAGAGUCUGCCACUCGAGUAAGAAAGCGAGCUUCCCGGUUAAGCGGAGAAAAUCCCCAAAUCAAAGCAUCGAAGACUCUUCCUAGGCCACUCGUGAAAAGGCCUCAAAGGCCUGUGGAUAGGGCUUCGAUUGCAGCGCCUGAUCUUACCCCGACUUCUUCGCCAGUAAAUCCCACGACUCAUCCAUCGACUCACCUAGCACCUAUGCAAACUAAACCUCGGCGAGCUGCUCUACACGCCACAAAUGCCCCUCUCCAGACACCAAAGGGAUCACGUAUAGUUAAAUACCCAAGUGAUACACUUCAGCACGUAGACUCAAAAGAUUCAAAAGAUAUUAUAACGACGAAUAACUUGCUUGAAAAGGCUUGUGAGCAUCUGUGCAGAGUUGAUUCACGCCUCAAACCCAUAAUAGAUGCACACUAUUGUAAGCUGUUCAGUCCUGAGGGACUUGCUGAAGACGUUGAACCUUUUCAAGCACUGGUAAGUGGGAUUAUAGCACAGCAGGUAUCUGGUGCUGCCGCUGCAAGCAUUAAACGGAAGUUUAUAGACCUUUUCUCGGCGCCGGCGACCCACGAGGCUGAUGCAGUUGAGCCUGCUGCAGCUGAGAGGAUAGCAAAGGAUUUCCCGACGCCUCAAGAGGUCGUGGAAAAGGAUAUUCCAACGCUCAGAUCAGCAGGUCUGUCACAAAGAAAGGCUGAGUAUAUACAUGGUUUGGCAGAGAAAUUUGUUUCAGGGGAACUAUCCGCUAAAAUGCUUGUCGAGGCAAGUGAUGAAGAAGUGCUGGAGAAGCUUGUUGCUGUGAGAGGCCUGGGCAGAUGGAGCGUAGAGAUGUUCGCCUGCUUUGCCCUCAAGCGGACGGAUAUCUUCUCUACAGGAGACCUGGGUGUGCAACGCGGCAUGGCAGCAUAUCAGGGUAAAGACGUUGCGAAGCUCAAAAGCAAGGGAGGCAAGUGGAAAUAUAUGACUGAGGCAGAGAUGCUCAGUAUAGCUGCGCCAUUUUCACCCUUUCGAAGCAUAUUCAUGUGGUACAUGUGGCGUGUUGAGGAUGUAAAUCUAAAUGCCUUGUCGUAGUGAGCAGAAUAUGUUUUCAAGCAUUGAAGCUACUCUCGCAACGUAGAGUGCUGCCUUUUGGAACUGCUGCCAUCCUAUUUCUUCUAGUUCGUACUGGAUAGGUACAUUCGUCUAGCUGGUCGAAUUUUUUGUUGUAGAUGAUGCCUUUGAGUGCUAAUCCCUACGUGUAACUUAAUCAUUUAAGAGAAAACGGCUAUGGUGGCACUUCUAGAAAUGGAACCGC